AUGGCUAUACGGUCCCUCGCCCUCGGGUGGUUGGCCAUCUCAUCGCUUCAAAUCGGUACUCAAGCCCAAGACUUUCGCACCAACUGUGAUGAGAACUGCGAAGCUGCGUACCGUUCUUCACUAGCUAUCGAAACCAAAGACUGGGUCAAUGUGGACGUCAAUGUCGAUCCCUUCUACGCCAACCCAUCGAACCUCUCAGACUACGCCGUCGGAGACUUGGUAAAAUGGCAAGACCUCACGGGCACCCAGGCCGCUAAGAUCUGGACCGUCCCCGCUGGCAUGUCCCUCUCUCGCUUCUUCUACAUGAGCGAAGAUAUUGAUGGCAAGCCCCUUCCCGGCAAAGACAAGCCCUUCCGUACCAUUGUCUGGGCCCACGGAACUGCGGGUUACAGUCGUGAGUGUGCGCCGACCAAUCAUAGAGGACUCUACUAUGAGUGGGAGGCGCCGUUCAUCCUUGCUCAGGCAGGGUACGCCGUCAUCGCACCCGACUAUGCUGGCCAGGGCAGUGACAUUCCCCAGGGCUUCAUGUACGAGUCAGGAGCACUCCAUGCUGCUGAUGUGAGCCACAGCCUUCAGGCAGCUCGCAAAGCCCUCGGUGAGCGGCUGUCCAAGGAAUGGGUCGUUGUUGGACACAGCGAGGGUGGCUUGACUGCGUGGCGCACCAACGAGAGAGAGGCAAAGGCUGGAAAGGCCACUGGCGGAUUCAUCGGUGCCGUGUCGGUUGCGCCUGCGCUUCGGCCCUUGUCACUCAUCCCCGAGUCAUUCCGCCGCGCGGCCGGAGGCCCCGUGGGAGAUGUGGUAUCCGUCUACUUCCUCCAGUCUCUGUCAAAGCUCUUAAAGUCGAUCCGAAUAGAAGACUACGUCAGCGACAUUGUUGCCAGCCGCAUUCCUCUGUCAAACCAGGGAUGUCUCAAGACCGGCGGUACUAUCUACGGCAGCCUGACUGAGACUCAGCUGUACAAGAAUACCAGCUGGCUGACACACCCCGAUGUCAUUGACUGGCAAGAGCGCUACAACGGAGCCGGCGUGCACCAGUGGGCAGCCCCGAUGUUGGUUGUCCAGGGCACUAAAGAUAUUCUCACUUACGCCGAGACUAUGGAGCAGGACUUUGAUGCAACCUGCAAGGCUUUCCCCGAGUCGCCUGCAGAGCUGCUUCUGUAUCCCGAGCUCGGUCAUGACCAGGCUUUCCAGGCGUCGCAUGUCGAUUAUCUGGCUUGGGUUGCGGAUCGGUUCAACAACGUUUCCGUUUCCUCUGGCUGCAGCAAGAGGACGAUUGAGCCUGCGACCAACCACCCCUCGCUCAUCCAUCAAACUUGGCAAGGAUCUCCUCAGUGA